ACAUAAGUGUUAGCAGAUGGACUGAUGGAGAGGACCUGAUUUUAUAAAGGUCAUCGGUUCGUGUAACAUGAAUUCUAUUAACUUUCAUAUCUAAUUGUAAUGAAAAUAUAUAAUAAAAGAUAACGUAUUACGUACACCCAUUUACGUUUUAUUAUAAUACCCAAAAUUAAUAAUUAAAUAAUACUUUGUUGUUCAUAUACAUUGUAAUUGUUGUACGGAGAUUUCAAAAGUUGAUUACAAUGGUAGUACAACAUACACAUGAAUAAAUAUAACGGAGUUUUUGUAGGUUCGCAAAAAAAAAAUAUUUUUUUUUUAUUUUAAAAUUUAAUUAUUAGGAAUGGGGGAUGAUGGAUCAAAAAGGAAUAAAGCAGCUGUUUUCGUUGAAAAAAUAGCCGACCAUGCUUCAACUAUAAUUGAUGUGGCGUCAAGUACGGGUGCCGCAAUAGGAGCGGCAGUCGAAGCAGGAGCUCCAAUAGUUGUUCCAUUUACAAAAUUUCUUCCUUUAAUUUCUGAAAUUGGAAAUAUUUUUAACGAAAUAGUCGAUUUAGCACAAGCUGCUGAACAUAAUAAGCGAACUUGUGAUGCAUUAUUACAACGAGUUUAUGCUGCAGACUUAGCCGUAUUAGAUCUUAAAGUUCAAAGAAAUAGAAAAGAUUUUUUUAAUAAUAAAAAUUAUUUAUGUUUACAAAAUUUAGUUAAUAUUAUAACACAAAUUAGAAAAUUUAUAUCAGAUAUUUCUCAAAUGAAAUCUUUGAUAAAAUAUAUUCAAGCGAAAAGUAUUGAGAAAACUUUUAAAGAGUUAUGUAAAGAAUUUGAUAGUUGUGUUAACGUUUUGUCUUUUGCUAUUAAUGUUAAAACUGCUGAUGAAAUUGGACAAUUAAAAGCCGAUCAAGAUGAUUUAUUAAAAGCUGAUCUUGGAGGUGACGCAAAAGAGAUUAAAGCCUGCCUCGCAAACUUAAGUAAAGGGUUUUCUUCAACUGUUGUAAAAGUCAAUGCAAUGAAUAAUACAAUGGAAAAAUUUAUGAAUGAAAAUUCUCAAAAUCAAACAAAAAUUGAUAAUAUCUUUCAGGUACAUCCACUAAAACUUGCUGAUUAUGAACGGGAUGAUAAUGAGAAACCACGUAAGAAUGGACGUGUAACUAAAUGGUAUAAAACAACAAAUAAAGGUGCAGAAUUUGCUUUUAAAACUAUUUCUGAGAAAGAGGACCAAAAGAUUGUACAAAAUCAAGUUACAAUUCUUAAAGAACUUCAUGAUUGGCAAAACAUCAUAAAAUUUUAUGGAAUAACUUAUGAUGGAAAUAAAUGGUAUUUGGUGACUGAAUGGGCUGAAUGUGGAAAUUUGCGUGAAUUUUAUCAAAAUAAACAUGAUUUUGACCUUAAAUUAAAAUUACGUAUAUCCCUUGAUAUUGCUCGUGGAUUAAAUUUUUUAAGAACUGUAGAGAUUGUUCAUCGUGAUAUUAGGGCUGAAAAUAUAUUAAUUACACUUAAUGAGACAGCAAAACUUGCAAAUUUUAAAUUAAGUCGUUACUUAACUGCAGCUACAUUAAAUCAAAGCCAAAAUUUAGAACGAGUUCGUUAUUGUGCACCUGAAUUGUUAGAGAGAGCUCCAAAUUACAAAUACGAUCAAAAAUGUGAGGUUUAUAGUUUUGGAAUAUUACUUUGGGAAAUAGCUGAAGAAAGAAUUCCAUAUCAGGGUAAUGAUGAUAUUUUGGAUAUAACUGAUAGGGUGCGUAAUAAAAUGUAUAGAGAACCAUUUUCUGAUAUUAGUCAAAUGCCAGAAGAAUUCAAACAAUUAGAAAUUGAUGCCGUUCAACAUGACCCAGAUUUUAGGCCAAAAAUUACAAAAAUGUUUGAAGUUCUUAGAAAUUGUGUCAAAGAUUAUUCUAAGAGACAUUCACUUUCACAAGAUUCAUCAAAUUCUAGUAGUUUACGACUAAGUAGAAAACCCUCCACACCAAAGCCUAUUCCAAAACGAGCAUACAGCAUUGAUCAAGAUCAAUAUGCACUUCCCAUUGAUUUACCAGAUUUUGAAUCAUUUAAAUACAUGACACUCACUGAUGCAGCAAAACAGCAUAAGCUGUAUGAUAAACAUGGUAAACUGGUUGGAAAUGUAAAAAUUGCAUAUAAAUGUUUUGAAGCUUAUGCAAAUCUUGGUAAUACAGGAGGAGGUACAGCGAAUCGUAAUCAGAUCAAAGCAAAAUAUUAUAAAGCUUAUUACAUUUCAAGAGGAUUGGUUGAGAGCCCCCAAAAUAAAGAUAAAAUUGUUGCUGAACUGUUUAAAGAAGUUGCUGAUGAUGAAGCAAAUGAAUUCCCUGAAGCAAAAGUAAGAUAUGGUGAUUGUUUGUAUCAUGGCAAAGGUGUUGAUCAAAAUUUUUCAGAAGCUCUUAAAUAUUUUGAAAAAGCUGCUGAAGAUGGGUUUAAAGUGGCAAUGUAUAACGCUGGAAAUAUAUAUUAUAAUGGUAUUAGUGGUAUAAAGGAUAAGGAAAAAGCUAUUCAUUAUAUGAAAUUAGCUGCUUAUAAUGAUUAUGAACCUGCUAUUAAAUUUUGCAAGGAACAUAACUUAUAAUUAUGUAUUAGAUUAUUAUAGUUAUAUAAUUAUGACGAAAAAAGUAUAUUAAUUUUUAAAAAAAAAUUUCUAUAUUACUAUUAUUUUUGUAAUUAUUUUAUCAAUAAAUAUAAGUUUAUGAUGAUUUU